AUGGGAAACACAGUUCCAUAUAGCUGUUAUGAAAGAUGGGGAAAAAGAACACCAGAUGGCCCACUAAUUAAUUAUAAUCCGCAGAUACCAAACAAUGGAUCAAUGGCUAUCUUAUUAGAAAAUUUUGAAUAUGAAUUAAAUGAAGAAACAAAUGAUACUACUAAGAAUAAUAACUUGAGCAUUAAUAGAAAAGAUGAAAACAAUAAUGAAAAUAUUAAUAAAAAUAAUAUAAAUCUUAAUGUUAUCAGAAGUGCUAGAAGAAGACCUACAUAUUCACCAACAGCUAGAAAAGUGAUAAUAGAAACAGAAGAUGAAGAUGAUGAUAAAUUAUCUACUGAUGGAUCAGAUGAAAAUAUUUCAGCUAAAGAUAUAAAAGAUGAAAAAAUUCAGCAAUAUAGAAAAACUUUAACUAAAGUUGUUAAAAUAAAAACAGCUAUUUUUCAUGAAACUGUUAAAGUUACAUGCUCAAAAGAUGGAAAAAUGCUUGAAUGGUAUAAGGGAAAAGCAGAUGGAGACGGAAAAAAAAAACCUAUUGGAUCAUUUCCAUUAAAUAAAAUAACCUCAAUAAGAACCAAAGCAGACAAUCUUAAAUCACUCGAAAUAGCUGUAAGUAGUGUUCAAAUAAGUACAUAUUUAUUCAUUUUUAAAACUAGAGAGGAAAGAGAAGAUUGGCAAAAUAAUUUAGAAUCAUUCAAAAAAGUUAUGAGUAUGAAAUAA